UUCUUACAAGAAUACCACUUCAUGGGAAAAAUUAGUGGAAGAAUUGGAAAGCCGUGGUGUGUUGCUAAGUGAGGAGAAGAAAAUGUAUGAGGAAAAAUUAUUAGCUGAAGCACAAGCACGCCAAGAAGAACAUAGCCGUUAUUUGUGUUUGGAAAGAGUAAAAGAUGAAUUGGAAAGAGAACGAGAAAGAUUAAUUCGAAUGACGAAAAAAUUGAAGGAUGAUUUGCAAAGCGUAAAAAAUGAAUUGAAAAUUACAAAUGAAACGAAACGGACAUUGGAACAGGAGAAAAUUUCGUUGAAUGCUAAAACUGAACAUCUUGUCAGUAAUAUGCAGUCACUCAAUUUGGAAAAAUCAAAAAUUGAGGAGCAAGUAUCAUCGAUUAUCAGAGAACGUGAAAAAUUUUUGCUUGAAAAUCAAAAUUUAUCAACUGUAACAUGUCAAUUAAAAAAUCGAUUAAUGGAAAUUGAAACAAAAACGAAUUGUAUUUUAGCGGAAAAGGAACGUGUUGAGGCAAUGCUUCGUUUAAACGAAAAAAAAACAAUUGAUUUGGAGAAGGAAAGAGAAUACUACAACAGUCAAACAAUGGAACUUUUAAAUUCAUUGAAGGAGGUAAGCGAGCAACGCGAUAUAACAGAAGCUGAAUUGAAAGAUGAAGUAAUGGCACGAAUAGGAGCCGAAAAACAACUUCAGGCUGCGGAAAAAGCCUUGGAACAUUUAGAAACAGCAUUGAAAUUAACUGGAGCACAAAUGAGUGAAUUACAAGAACAUAUCAUGCCUGAUGUUCAUAAAUUACGAGAAUUUUUCGAGCAAUGUGCUGAAAUAUCUAAAAUGGAUGCAAAUCGGCCAAUUAUUAUGCGAAAUGCUAUACAUGCACGUCGUUCCUUGAGACGUAGUAAAACACGUAUACGUGCUUCAUUCCGACGUAAAUUAGCACCAGCUACUGUAAUGCAACCAUUAUCUAUAACAGGAUACAGUACUGCUACAUCACCAACUGAAAUGUCAAAUCCGGAAGAAUCAAUACCAAAAAUUGAACCAAAUAGUCUAAUGCAUCUAUAA